AUGCCUAACUGGCCUGGGAACUUUCGUUGGCAUGAUGAUCAAUAUAACUACAAAAGGUGUAUUAUUUGUGGUGGCGGCUUUACAAGGAUACGCUUAGAGCCAGUGUGGACAGACCUAUUCCGAGCAGUAUACCGCUGCGAUGAUAUCGUUAUCCUGACAGGCGUUGGGUGUACAAAGGCAGAUGAGCAUGAUGAAUACGAAGCCCCCAACGACCCAGCUGCACGAUGGCAGAAUAUGGGAGAGGAUUACAUCGCCCUUGCUAAGAAGCCCAAUAGUCUCAAAUAUGUUUUUCUCUUCCAUGAGGUGUGCUGGGAUACCAUCGCGGGUCAUUUUACCCCGGAUGAGCUUGAUCUUGAUGAGCUGUAUGAGGCAUUGCAGUAUAUGCCCUUAUUGCCAGGUUAG